UCUGGUCCUCCUCUCGGCCGCGUAAUGGAAGUUGCGUGAAAAGAGGAGCAACAAGUUUUGGAACGGAUUUUCGUUACUUUAAGGGUUGAAAUAAAACGCACCAUGGGAGCCGAAACAUCUGUGUGAAAGAUUGAAUCCGUCUGAAAUGUCAGCGGCGGAAGUGCCUUCUGAAUGCAGCACCGAUGUUCUGGUCAGUGUGGCCGAGUCGCUUCAUGUGUAUCCAGGCCUGCUGACAGUGGCUGCAGUGUCUGGAGGACUGUCUGGUGUACUGGCUGUAGCUGUCCUCUAUGUCUUCUGCAUGAAGCCUCUGUUGUUGACUAGACAAGUUUACGACGCAAGGAGGCUGCUGGAACCUGAUGUUGGAAAUAUGGACAACAACCAAAGUGACUGUGUCAGCAACAGCAAGAAGGAGGCCCCCGGUGGUUCCGCCAAUGAUAAGGAAAAGAAGCGGCCUCCUAUGAACAGUGAUGUGAUGGCAUUUGCCUCCAGAGCCAAGGUGGUCUACCCAAUAAACCAGAAAUACAGACCUUUAGCAGACGGUGCGUCAAACCCAUCCCUUCAUGAGCACUCAAAGUUGCCGCCGAUGCCUAAUGAAGAGUCCUCCUCCUCCUCUGACGGAGGGUCCCUGAGCCAAGAGCAGGACAACAAUGACAGCAGUCAGUUUAUCUCCAUCAUGGAACUUCCUAAGAGCCUGCAAAACCAGAGUUUCACCAGAGUCUUCCACUACCCCCACACACUGGCACAAACUGGCUUUGAAGGCAGGAUCAGCCUUUACUGUUUGGCCUUGCAGGAAAUACAACAGCACAGCUCUCAGCUUCAGGAAGAAAAGUAUAUGAUUUUUCUGCAGAUGCUUAAAAUUAUAUUUAGCGUUCGGUUUCCAAAAGAUAAAAAAGAUGCAGACUUCGCCAAAAAUACACUUCUGAUGCAAGAAAAGAAACUGAAUGAAUUGAGGAAACGGUUGACAACAGGCCAAACUGCCAAAGAGACGAUUCAUGAUGCUUCCUGUUCACUGGAAGAGAUUGAGAGAGCUCAGAAAGAUCUUCUUGAACUCAACCUUCAAACGUCCAAAAGUUUCAGCUCACAAUUGGAGGAUUUGUGCCAGCUUCUGCUGAGGAGGGGAAAUGGAUUUUCUCCAGAAGAAGCACAUGAUGACAUCCUCUCUGUUGUUCAGACUCUUUUGUCAGUAGAAGAGCACCUGAUUACGCUACAGGAAGCUGAUCUGAAGAGAACAUUGGAGAGGUUGCUGUGGUGGGAGGAGUUGUCGGGACUCGUUCAGUCCCAGCCUGCCUUGCUGAGGUGGGAAGUGACUCUGAGACUGGGUUUGAUUGCUACAAGGCUGGAACAGCUGACGAGCGCUGAAAAUCUGAAGCCUAACCCCAUGGAAAAGAUACUUUCUGAGAUUCAGGCCGCUCUGACCGAAGGGCUUCAGCGGGGCACUGAAGAAUGCACAAAGAAGACAAAGGAGCUGGUGACCGAAAAGUGCCGCAAAAAGGAGUCCAAGAAGAAAAAGCUCGAGAGGAGUCAGAUGAAUGAAAGGAGUCGAGCUCUGGAGCUGGGGCAGACUCGCUGUGACCUGCAGGAACAAACCUCUGUCUACCAGGAGCUGCUGAUGAGACAAAGGAAGCAGGUCUCUGAUUUGGAGCUGCAGCAGGAUAACAAAAUUGCAGAGGUCCUCUGCGAUCUUUGGAAGAAACUUCGGGCCUCUUGGUCGAACAGGCUGGGUGAGAUUGCCAGGGACGUCUUUUUCGCCUCUGUUCCUGCUCAGAUGAACCUCACUGCUGAACAAUGUGAGAAUCUAUGGCUGAAUGUGGAGAAUGGGCUGGCUGAUCAGCUGCAGCAGGUGGAGAGCACCGCCAGGCAGCAGCUGGAGGACAUCAGGGCUGAGCUGGAGAAGGAUCAGCAGGUGUGGAUCGAAGGGAUGGCUCUGGGGCAGGCCUGUCUAAAGCAUCUCGGUGAACAGCAGAUGAAAAUCAUUCGAGCUAUGGUGGCCAGGCAGAGCUACACUCUCAGCGGUGACAUAGAGAAGCUGAUCGAGAAGAAACACGAGCACCUCUUGCUGCAGGUGCAGAGAUCCUUUGUGGUCAGACAUUUCAGUCUGCACUUGCUGAAAGAAAUGAGGUUGUCCAAACUGAAGAUGCUCUCUCAGACUGAUUUCAGAGCUCUGCUAGUGGAAGAUCCCAGUAUAACACAACUCUGUGUUGAUUCAACUCUCAAGAACAGCAGGGCCAACCUUGCAGAGAGGCACCUGGGUCCAGAAAGCCAGCUGCUGAGGAACAGCCUCCAACAGGAGUUCCUGUCUGAGCUGGAAACGGCCAUGGAGCUUCUUCAGAGCCAUGUACAGCUGGCGCUAGGCAACGCCCUCAGCCACGCCAUCCAUCACAGGAUGGAGGCCGUGCCCACACAGUCAAAGGCUUCUUCUAAACAUGACUUGACCAUGAAACACCACCUAAUUGAAGCUGCAGCAGAGAGUGUCUAUUUGACCAAAGAUUCUCUCAGCGCUUUGGUUCAAAUCUAUUAUUCUGACCUGCGGGACAUUUCCAGUAAUCUGCAGCCAGAUCAAUUCAACUUAAACCAGGAGGUGAAUAAAAGGCAAGAUGGCAGCAGCCAGCUUAGAAAAGCUUUGCUGAGAGAACUUGUGAACUGGGGUGGGAGACCCGCCUCUGCUGAGUUUCAACAAAGGGUUGUUGUACAUAAAAAAAAGCUUCUGGAGCAAAGUGAUCUGGAGCAGGAGAUGAUGUACGAGAACCUGAGGAAGAAAAAAGUAGCGUUGGACCAAACCAUGGAAAGGAUUAAAACACAGAUAAUGGAGGCAGAAGAAAGCUUCAUAACUGAGCUGGCAGCUAUGGCCCGCGUUUCUGUCCACAGUGUAGACCAGACGUCCAGCAGCGAAGAGGACAACGCUGGUGAACAGAGUGUUCCAAUACUGGACCUUCUGACUCUGAACCCAGCUUUAGAUCCAGCCUUGAAUCCAUCUCUGACUCCACUGUUUGCAGCUCCUGUGGUGAAAUCAAAGGCAAAGAAGAAAGGAGAGAGAGAGUCUCACCCAAGCUGAAAUCUCUAGAUGAUAAUAAAAGCAUUUAUAUUUUUAUGUAAAACUGGACUCAACUCUUUUGUUUGAAUAUGAUAAUGAAAGUUCACCCUUUGUUAGUAUGCACUUUUUUCUACUAAGAAGCAAUAAAAAUCAAAAAUAAUGAAA